CAGUGAAUUGCAACACAGGAAGCCUCGCUAGCUGCUGCUUUCACUGGGCUAAGGCGGAUCCCUUCUCCCUCCUGUCUUUGAAACUUUGUUUCAAAUAACACAUUACUCCUUUUAACAGCUCUCUGUUGCUGAAAAAACAACAGAGCAAAGAAAAUGGGGGACAAGGAGCUGAUGUGGGCUUUGAAAAAUGGCGAUUUGGACGAGGUGAAGGCUGCACUGAAAAAGGAUGAGGAUGUAAAUCGGACACUGGAGGGUGGUAGGAAGCCGCUGCACUACGCUGCUGACUGUGGCCAGGUCGAGAUGCUGGAGUUCCUGUUGUCUAAAGGAGCAGAUGUCAAUGCUCCAGACAAACAUGGCAUCACUCCACUGCUGUCUGCCACUUAUGAGGGUCACCUUGCCUGCGUGAAGAUUCUGCUAGAGAAGGGGGCAGAUAAGGAGAGGAAAGGACCAGAUGGGCUGAGUGCGUUUGAAGCAGCGGAUUGUGAAGCCAUGAAAGCCUUGCUGAAGUGAGGCUCAGUCUGGGCCCGCAGCUCCGAGGUGCAAACAGACACUUGGCGGCCACCAGACAGACUACACACACACACAUGCCUAUUUGCCUCUGGCCGGUGGCUGCCUUGUCUCCUUCUAGGGUUUCUUUUUCAUUCCACAUUUACUUUUAAUUUUUUUUUUUAUUAUUAUUGUUAUUAUUAUUUUAGGGAGGGGGUGAGUGAUUACUCUCUACUAGCUUAUUUGAAUUAGCCCUGGGUUGAAUGGACCUGUCAAUCAGUCACGCCUCCCCUCAGAACCGCUGGCUGUGGGGAAGCCCUCAGUGUGUGCCUGUGUGUCAUACCACUAAAUACAUACUCUUAGAGUUUGUGCGAAAUAGGAAAAAAUUACAGCGCUUAUGUACAGUACAAGGCUUUCCGAUCUUGCAAACCAUCACCAGUCAAAAAGAAUGUGCAGAAAGUGAUGUAAAUGUAUUUUGUACUAAAAAACUCAAAGGAGCUGGUUAUUUUAGGUUAGCAGUAAUGGCUACAUGGGGAUUUGAUAGUUUAAUAACUAAUAUUGACAGGCUGUUUCUCUCUGGUUCCAGUGCUUCAGCUCAGACUGGACAUGACAUACGGGGUGACAUAAUCUUGGUUAUCACUAAUGGUUACCCCUCUCCCACUGCAAACCCCCGACUACAUCUCAUUUCAUGACAUUCCCACAAAACAGUGUUUAUUAGCUCCUUACAGUGAAUUACAAGUAAUAAAAUUCAGAAAUGUUGUUGAAAUCAUGUCAUGCUGGCCUGCAUUUCUGCUUUUCUGCUCAGUUGUGUUUGUACUCUUGAGAGUGGGAAAGAAAAAAAAAAAAAAGAGUCGUUGCUCUGAGUUUUCUUGCGAGAG